AUGGCCAUCCGACUGCUUUCCGAUAAUGAUAGCGUACCAAGAACAAGGUGUCGUGUGAUUGCCUCCGCAGCAGUCGCUACCAUUAGCCUCAUUCUGCUGGGACUAUGGGCACUGCUCCAGCUCAAUGCGACCCCUGAAUUCAUCGCAUGGUCCAAGGAGCUCGCCGACUUCAGUAGCUCGUACACCCCGACAGAGCAACUUUUGAUCGGCAGCUCAGGCUUCAGCUUGUCGGUAUCGGCUGUCAUAGAGGCGUGGCACUUCUCUCUCUUUGGGAAGGGUGCAGCGUGGACGAAACACUGGCUGCGAAAGGGCUUCUUCUUGAUAGUACUGGUCAACGCUACUCUCGCUGGCUCGGCAUUUGUUCUGGCGUCAAUCAUUGGCACACUCGAAAGUCAAGGCGCUUUGGUGAUCGCGCCAUCUAUGGACCUGCAGCUGGGAAUAGACCAACACUCAUCAGCUUCUACCACUUGGAGCUGCGAGUGGCACACUAUACAAAGCCUACAUGGUGCGCAGGUCAUUGGCCGAAGCUGCAAGACGCGACUGGCAUCCCGCUGGUUGUGUUCUUGCAUCGUCAUGUUCUCUUUACUGCUUGCUGUCUCCGGCUGGUUGGAUUUUCGACAGGAGGAUGAGACGGAAGUAAUGGCCUGGAUUGCGGACAAGAAGAAAAGGAACGAAAAGGAGACGGACUCACUUGUUUGA